CGAAAAUCUCUAUUUUCAAAGUAAUGAGCUGUAUCUAGACAGUCUUUUUACGAAGAUCACUUCCCUACUUCUAUGGCGAUCCCUCUCUGUUACAAAGCUUGUUCACUUGUACUACAUUCGCCACGAAACGGAGACCUUUUUCUGUGCAAUUGCAAAUAUAGCUACAGUUCCACCAAACAAGGACAAAACGAUUUCAAACUCAUUCGCGGCCAGAAGCUCUUGAAGGAUCUCGGCACUUGGGGCAUCGGUGGCCCUUGCAACUAUUUCACUCAAGUUUUCGAUCACACCCAGCUCGUUUCUGCUAUCAGAUACUGCAAUGAGCAUUCUUUGCGGUUCCUUGUGAUUGGUAAAGGCUCAAAUUGUUUGUUUUGUGAUUUGGGUUUUGAUGGCUGUGUGAUUCUGAACCGGAUUGAGUUCGUGGAGAGGAGAGAGAAGGAAGAUGGCGUCUACAAAGUUGGAAGUGGUUUCGGGUUUAACCGUUUGGGAGUGCAAUGUUCCAAUGAAGGAUUCACAGGGCUUGAGUUUGCUGGAGGAAUUCCUGGGACUGUAGGUGGAGCAAUUUAUAUGAAUGCUGGUGCGAAUGGGCAGGAGACUGCCGAUGUAGUUGAGAGUGUUGAUUUUGUUACCAUUGAUGGAAGGUUACAAAGACUUGAAAGACCUGAUCUCAACUUCGUCUACCGUUCAUCCCCAUUCCAGAGCAUGCCAGACUUGGCAGCCAUUGUUGCUGUUACAUUUUGGCUGCGGAGCUCAGGGACGUCAAAGACAAGGUUGCAAGAAUAUCUAGAGAGAAGAAAAGCAUCUCAACCGAUCGGGGAAAGAAGUGCGGGAUCAGUAUUUAGAAAUCCAUCAGAUUUGGGUGUUUCAGCGGCAGAGUUAAUUGAAAAGGCUGGACUGAAAGGAUUAAGAGUGGGAGGUGCAAUGAUAUCCAAAGUCCACUCCAACUUCUUCAUAAACUGUGGUGGCUCAACUUCUCAAGAUAUGCUCAGCCUCAUUGCCAUUGCCAAGGAAAAAGUUGACACGAAAUUUGGUGUACAACUCAAGGAAGAAGUUUUAUAUGUUCAUCCCAGGGGAAAAACUAAAACACUAUGGAGAUCUGAUUCUUAAUUUAGUGUAGUUCAAAUUGUAGUAUUGAAUAAAGCCUCAAUUUCUGUCAACCAGAUCUGUCACUGCUGUGUAAAUAACAUUUGAUGAAAGAAAAAUAAGAGGCUGAGUGCGUGCGAAGGAAGAAGACAAAAAGCGCAUACUAAUAAAUUUCUCAUUCACUUGCUGAGAGAGA